CACACCCACACCGACACACCCCCACUCCCACCCACACCCACCCCCACACAGCCACAUACACACCCACGCCCACACUCACACCCACACCGACACACCCACACUCACACCCACACCGACACCCUCUUAACGCUAUAUGGUCGCAAAAUGGUGCAACCGUGGCAGGCGGCAAUGGUUCUGACAGCGCAAUCAAUCAACUACAUUAUCCAUAGGACACGCACGUAGAUGAUAAUCAAACCAUUUAUGUAGCUGAAUAUUCAAAUCAGCGUAUUAUGGAAUGGAAAUGUAGUACGAUGAAUGGUAAAGUUGUUGAUGGUGGAAAUCAACAAGGGGAUCGAAGUAAUCAAUUGAAUAGUCCAGCAAAUGUGAUUAUUAAUAAAGAAAAUGAUAGUAUCAUCAUUUGUGAUCAAGAAAAUCGGCGAGUUGUGCGAUGGCCACGACGUAAUGGUAAAAAUGGAGAAACGAUCAUUUCAAAUUUACAAGGUACAAAAGAAGGCAUCAUUAUUGCAGAUGCUGAAAGUGAAGGGCAAGAUCUUACACAACUAUCAUAUUCUGGUGGAAUAGCUGUCGAUCAUUUAGGUACUGUUUAUGUUGUAGAUUUUCAUGAACAUCGAGUAAUGCAUUGGUUGAAAGGAGCAAAACAAGGUAUAUCAUCGUGGGUAGCAAUGGAAAAGGAACAGAAGCAAACAAAUUGA